CGUUGAUUUUUGUAAAUAUUAUUCUGUUUAUAUUUUAUUAACGGUAUUAAAUUAAAAUAAAACAUGGCAGAACAAGUAAAUCAGCGUAUUGAGGGAAUGAUAAAUGAGUUGGAGCAGAUGAAAAGGAUAAAUUUGUACGGUGACGAUGAAAUUAAAGAAAUAUCACGUAAACGUAAAGAGUUUGAGUACAGAAUACAACGUCGAGUAAAAGAAAAGGAUGAUUUUGUUCACUACAUAGCAUACGAGCUAGCUUUAUUAGAAGAUGUUUCACUCAGGCGGAAGCAAGCCCACGUAUCUGAGAAAAGAAAUGACAUAGAAUAUGCUAUAGCCAAACGUCUGAACAAGAUUUUCAAACAGUUUAUCUACAGAUUCCAAAAUAAUAUUGAAAUCUAUUUUGAAUAUAUCAAAUUUUGUAGAAGUGUUGGCUUCCAUCAUGCCAUUUCAGGAAUUAUUGGACAAAUGUUACAGAUACAUGGCGACAAGCCAAAAAUGUGGCAGAUGGCCAGCAAGUGGGAGAGCAAAGAACAGAAGAACUAUGAAAGUGCCAGAGGUUUCUUACUGAAAGGAAUUCAUAGGCACCCAGAGUCAGAUAUUCUUUAUUUAGAUCUGUUUGAAAUUGAACUCAUUCUUGCUUUUAAAGCUAAUGAUGAUGAACAAAAGGAAAUUUGUAUUAAAAGGGCAGAUAUUGUAUGGAAAAAUGGUAUGAAAACUGUUGAUGACAUCUCUUUCCUCUUUAAAAUUUGUGAUUUAGCUAUGAAGUGUGAGGUUGAACAGUUGGUAAAGAGUAUUAAAGAAGAGAUAUGGUCUAGAAGAGACAACAAAGAAGUAUGGAUUUACAUUGCAGAUAAAGAAUUAGAGGGUUACCAUUGGGAAGAAAUUGAGGAAUACAUUAAUGAAGACUAUUAUUUUCCAAAGGAAAUUAAAAAUUACAUUUGUGUCUAUGAAGAGGCACUGCAACAGUUUCCAGAUGAGAAAUUAUGUACGAAAUUCAUCCAUGGCUUAUUGAGGAUAAAUGAUACAUUAUGUACAGACCUGCAAAAAAUCCGAGUUGUAAAACAUGCCUGGAUGUUUGGCCAUGAGAAUGGAGUGUUGUCAAAUGAAAUGUAUGCUUUCGGGAUAGAGUUAUUGAAGCUUGAAAAUACAUUAUCAAAUGAUGAUUUUAAACAGAUUAUAGAUUCAGCGCUGGAUAAAAAUCCACAUGCAAGGUUUUUGUGGGAAGAAAAAUUACUUUUGAAUGAUAAAGAUGAAAAGCAAAAAUUGGCAAUACUCAAGGAUGCUGGAAAGGUUUUAAAAGCUGAUGAUUACUUGCAUCUAUGGAAUACAUUGUUGGACAACAUACAAACAAGUGAAGCACUUAAAAGUUGCUAUGAUAAAUUUAAAAAUUGUGAAGAAGCAGUAUUAUUGGCCAUUAAACCUAAACUUCUUAACAAAAUGUACAAGUGUAGUGGAUUGAAGGCAACUCGCGAUUUGUACGAAGAAUUCAUCAGAACUCCACCAACACAGAUUGAGGUUCAUACUGUCAUGAUAGACAUAGAGAAAUCACAACAGAAACCAAACUUGAAAAAUAUUAGAAAAUGUUUUGAAUGUUUGGUUCAGCAUCAUGGGGCAAGUAGCAUUCAAGUUUGGACAGAUUAUAUUAAUUUUGAAACACAAAAUGGUAGUCCUCAAAACUCACCAGCAAUCUACAGAAGAGCAAUAGCUGCACUAAAGAAAGAAUUAGUAGACGAAUUUAUUAAAAAUCAAACAUUAUCAAGAAUAAAGUAGACAUUUGUUUUAUUUUGUAAUCGG